AUGAACAAAUGUAUCUUCGCCUUAAUUUUGAUAACACAUGUGGCCUCUGAGUCUCUAACGGAGCAGGAGCGCAAGGCUCUCCUUCAUUUGCACAACACCAAACGAGCCUCUGUGAAACCCACCUCGACAAAUAUGUUGGAAAUGGUGUACAGCAGGAGACUUGAAAAGCUGGCAGAUGACUGGGUAGUAAAGUGUAUCUACGAACACCCAAAUGAGGAAGAAUACCCGGAAUAUAGGGACCUUGGGCAAAAUCUUGCACUCUCAGGAGGUUUAAGUCGCAAUGUGGUGAAUAUGGCGACUGAGUGGUGGGAGGAGGUUAAGGAUUACACCUAUGACACAAACACAUGUGCUCCUGGCAAGGCCUGUGGACAUUACACCCAAAUGGUGUGGGCGACGUCAGCGGAGGUUGGGUGCGCAGUUCAACGGUGUGAUAAUGUGAAACCGGAUUGGCCAAAACCAGUAUUUUUAAUGGCGUGCCAAUACAAACCAGCACUCCCCUCCAUGAAGCACACUUAUUUUCACAUUCACAACUCCCUUCCAGGCACCAUGGCCAAGUUGAUCUGCACCCUACUCUUGGUGUCACUCGUCGCCUCCGAAGCUCCGACUGAACAGGAGCGCAAGGACCUUCUCAACUUUCACAACAACAAACGGGCAACUGUCAACCCCUCCGCCACUAAUAUGCUUGAAAUGGUGUACAGUGCGGAGUUGGAGAAGUUGGCGAUCGACUGGGUGGCCAAAUGCAAGUUUGAACAUCCGGAUACAAGCCAAUAUCCCCAAUACAGUGGCAUUGGACAAAAUCUUGCUGUCUCAGGUGGUUCUGGCCGUAACUUGGUCGCACAGGCGACGGGGUGGUGGAAUGAAGUCAAUGAUUACAAUUACGGCUCAAACACCUGUGCAAGUGGUAAAGUGUGUGGGCACUACACGCAGGUGGUUUGGGCGACGUCUGAGGAGCUUGGGUGUGCAGUUAAACAAUGCGAUGGUAUGAUGCCAGGCUGGGGCCCGCCAAUAUAUCUACUUGCAUGCCAGUAUAAACCACCGGGUAACUACAUGGGCGUAAAGCCAUACACAAGUGGCACAAGUUGCAGUCAGUGUCCAGCUGGAACUACAUGUGUAAACAAACUUUGUUCCAAGGGAAGUUCUAAUCCUUCGACUACAACGUCCUCUUCAACUGUCACUGAGAUGGGACAAAUUACUCUAUUCGCUGCAAUUAUGAUCUACCCCCUUGUCUGA